AUGUCCAGCGAGCAGCCCAUGGCGACCGCUCACUCAUCGCGUAGUGCCGCCAGCAUCGGCCUCUCGACGAGCCACCUGCCGUCCGGGUCCUACUCGUGGGACCCGCUGUGCAGCAGCACUCGCGAAGAGCCCACGCCGCAGUGCCUGCUGAGGGCCAGGCGGGACAUCAUGGACAUCUUCGCCGCGCCUCCGGCGGGCGUAUUCAUCGCGCCCGAAGAGAACGACAUCACCCGCAUCGAGGCCCUGGUUGUGGGGCCCCCGGAAACGCCGUACGAGGGUGGCUUCUUCCACUUCCUCGUCAAGUGCCCGCCCGAGUACCCGAACCAGCCGCCGCGCGUGCGCAUCAUGACCACCGGGGGUGGACAGGUGAGCCUCAACCCAAACUUCCACCCCGACGGCAAGGUGUGCCUCAGCAUACUGGGCACGUCGCCCGGUCCGGCCUGGACGCCCGCGCUGUCCAUCGAGAGCGUGCUGGUGUCCAUCCAAUCGAUCAUGGCCGAGAACCCGUACUACAACCACCCGCAGUUCCGCGUCGAGUUGACACCCGACGACGUGUGCCGCUACAACGCCAUCGUCCAGCACGAAACCGUCAGGGUGGCGGUGUGCGACGCCGUGCAAGCCUGCCUCGACGACGAAGCCGCCGUCGGAAGCGUCGUCUCUUCCUGCACGCCACCGCCAGCCGCCCUGAGGGAGGUGAUCUUCGAGACGUUCGCCGAAUCGUACGACAGGUACGAAGCUGCGGUGAAGGCUCGCCUGGAGAUGACCGGCUGUCCGAUGAACGACCCGUUCGGCAUCACAAGGGGUCGCUACGGCUACAAGACGUUGCUGUGA